CGGCAUUUUACAGAAAUUAGCAUAGUAUGAGAUACUUCCGGAUCAACAACAACGUAACAUUUUUAUAGUUUUCAACCAUACACAAUUAUUUGACGUGCUGGUGUAUCAGGUAAAAUCUUCAGUAGAAUGGUAGAGAAGAAAUAGUUUAAACUAUGGUGUAAACAGUUAAGUUCAGGAUUAUAUAGAAGCUUUGAUGAUGGAUAUUGAGAGGGCUCCUAGAUCUGAAUUGCUCAAGACGAUAGAGCAGCAAAAAGAACUUAUUCAACGUCGGGAGCAGCGACUUAGAGAUGUAAUUAUUGCCUAUAAGGGAGUAUGUAAGGAGAAGGAGGCUCUUGAGUCUAGUAUCAAGGUAUUAUCUCAGACCAAGUCAAGGGUACAACUAGACGUCCCUCAUAGUAAAGGUCCAUCAUCAGACACUGCCAGUGAUCGGGGUCAGGAAUCUGACAGGGAGACUGAGGAUGGGAGUACAGCUGAUCACCAACAGAUUAAUGAUCCACUUAAUGUCUCAAACUCUAAAGUAUGUGUUACCAGAAAUGUUGAUGUUAGAGAUGAUGCCAGUAGUAGUGAGAUAGAAGAGCUACAACAGCAAGUGGAGACUCUCUCAAACUCUCUACUCACUCUAACACAAGAAAAAUCCAAGUUAGAGGCCUCCUAUAUAGCUGAGAAAAAAGUCAUCAAGCAAGAAAAUGAAGAACUACAGGAGAAGGUGAAGAAUCAUGCAGCAAAAAUUGAAAAAUUAGAGCAUGAUAAUCAACAACAACAGCUGGAGUUGAAGAAUCGUGUUCGUAGCCAGCAGAUAGAGAGAGAGAAGGAGCAGACGGACCAUGCUGUCAUGUUGCGUGAACUACAGAAACUGUUAGCCAAUGAGAGACAGGCAAAAGAACAGCUAGAGCAUCAGUUAGAUGAGGUACAGUUUAGUUUAAAGGAGCAGGACAGGUUGAUACCAGAGAUAACAAGCACACAUGAGAAACAAAUUAUCCAUCUGAAGGAGGAGAUCAAAACAUUAAAUCAGCAAUUGAAACAAGUGGAGCUCAAGUCUCAACAACCUUCUCCCAUGUUGCUUACUCUGCAAAAAGAAGCUGAAGAACUUAAGGCCCAGCAUAAUUUGAUGCUUCAAGAAGAUGAGAAUCGUGCUAAGGAUGUGGAAUCUAAGGCCCAGGCCUAUAGUGUUCAAUGUGAGACAAGAAUUGCUGAGCUUGAAUCCAAAUUAUCUGAGUUAUCAGAGUCUGUAGGAAACUAUGAAAGGUUGAGGUUCCAGGACCAACAAAAUAUACAGAAACUGAAGGAUAGGAUAUCUCAGCUAGAUCAGGAGAAUACGGUACUAGCCGAAGCUUCAUCUGCCAAGUCACAUCAAGAUGAUGACAUCAUGGAUAUACCAACACUUGUAGAGAAAAUAAAUAAUCUAAAAUCCAAACUGAAAUUAGCAAAUUCUCAGACAGAUCAACCUGUUAAUAUUGGAGAGUUGUUGUUAGAUGAUUCUGAUAGUGAACAUCCUCUAUGUAAGAAGUAUAGAGAAGAACUAGAGCAGGUUAAAGAUGAGUUUGAGAGAUACAGACUUAGAGCACAGUCUGUACUUAAAAAUAAAAAGGAGAAUACACCAUCUAAAGAUGAGGACAUAUUAAAGGAGCAUGUAAAUGAGUUAAGAGAAAAGUUACGUACCAUGCAUAUACAACAAGAGGAGGAAAUUGAUCAUUAUAAACAAAGAGAGGAAAAUCUUCGUAAAACCAUGCUAAUGUUGCAAGAUAAACAUAAACAAGAGGUGACACAUUUACAAGCUGAGCAUCACUCACAGCUACAGGAGUUUGAAGAUGAGAUCAAGAAACAGAGAGAUCGUACUGUAUCAAUGUUAGCGGAGAAAGAGAGAGAAUUAGAGGUGUUGAGGUCAUCAUCAUCACAGAGGUUACAAUCAGACUACCUCAUGAAGUAUAGAGCUAAUCAUGACAUGGGUGGAGCUUCAUCUGAAAGGCAGAACUCUGAGGAUGAGGCAGUCACUAGACUUUUAGCCACACCUCCUUCUGGACAAGGGGAGAUGACUCUAUUAUACUUUGCUCAGGAGCAGGCACGCAAGGAUGUUGAGAUAACUUCUCUGAGGAAACAAAAGCGUGAAUUAGAAAUAGCUUUAAGAGAUUUACAAGUGACAUCAGGAAAUAAACAGGAACAGUUGUAUGAGGAGAUAGACAGAUUGAAGGAAGAGAUAAGGAAGUUAGACAGGAGUAUAAGUAGAGAAGGUGCUAAUUUAGAGUAUCUGAAAAAUGUGACAUAUAAAUUCUUAAUAUGCCAUGAUCCAGUAGGGAAACAACAAAUGUUGAAUGCAAUAACCACAAUUCUACAGUUUAGUCCACAGGAGAAAACAUCAGUUCAAGCUCAGAAUAGGGGCUGGUGGGGAAGUUCUGUAUAGGUUAUAUGGAUACAAAAAUGUAUAUAUAUAUAUAUAAUCAUUUUGAUAAU